AUGUGUCCAAAAGGUUUGGCAUCUCCUGCACAGGUCGUCUUCAGUCAGAGAGGCCUGUGGGCACCACUGAAGACGGACUGGAGGGGGACGACACAUCUCUGGGCCAAAGGACAAAACUUCUGCAUCCAUUCAGACUCCCACAUCCACGCUGAGGGACAGAAACAUGGCUCCUCACUUCAGCAGCAUGAGCAGGAGUCGGGUCUGGCGACGGACGUUGGCAAGAUGUUUAACACGUUUGAUUGUCUUCAUGUUGCUCUGUGCACCAGCUUUCGCUCAUUAGAUGGUGACACGGUGUGCCCAACCAUGAAGAAUGGACAAGAUGACCUUCCAGGGUUUGAUCUGAUCACGCAGUUUCAGUUGGAUGUCAUUCCCAUGAGGAGCGUUAGAAAAGUAGAAGGAUCCACACCCCUCCAGGUGGCAUACAGACUCGACCGAGAGGCCAACUUCCAGAUCCCAACCAGGCUGAACUUUCCAAGGGGCUUCCCAGAUGAGUACUCCUUCAUGACCACCUUCCGCAUGAUCAAGAACACUGUCAACAAGGUGUGGAACAUCUGGCAGGUAGUGGAGGAAGACGGUUUAAAGCAGGCAGGUAUGCGUCUGAAUGGAGACCAACAGGCCCUGGAGUUCUUCCUCACCACUAUGGAGGGAGAUGUGCAGACCGUCACCUUCCCAGGCCUUUACGACCUCUUCAACACUAAAUGGCACAAAGUGAUGGUUGGUGUGGAGAAAGAGCUGGUGACACUGUAUGUGGACUGUCACCCUGUGGACCAGAAACCCAUCAAAAGGAAGGGCUAUGUCAACACGGAAGGAGACACACUGAUCGGAAGAUUGGAUUCUGAUCCCAACACCUCUGUAGUGUUUGAGUUGCAGUGGAUGCUGAUUCACUGUGACCCAAAGAGAGCUCACAGAGAAAGCUGUAACGAACUUCCUCAGUCUGAGAUGUAUGCCAAUGCUGAGCCGGAUCCCAAGCCGAUCCCUGGUCCCCCCGGUCCUGAGGGUCCUGAGGGGCCUCGUGGACCCCAUGGAGAACCUGGCAGAGACGGGAGAGAUGCAAGUCUUUCUGCUCAUUAA